AUGCUGUCCCUGUGUGAUGAACCUCUCAAGGAGCUGUCCAACCCUGGAGCCAGUGGGAGCAUCUUCUACCUCACGCAGGACGAUGAGUUCAUCAUCAAGACUGUGCAGCACAAGGAGGCAGAGUUCCUUCAGAAGCUGCUUCCUGGCUACUUCCUGAACAUCAGCCAGAAUAAACGAACAUUAUUACCCAAAUUUUAUGGCCUCUUUUGCUAUCAGUGUGGAGGCAAGAACAUCCGGUUCACUGUCAUGAACAACUUACUUCCAUCGACUGUUAAACUGCAUGAAAGAUACGACAUGAAAGGAAGCACCUACAAACGGAAAGCCUCCAAGCAUGAGCGAUCAAAGUCUUUGCCAACGCUGAAAGACUUGGACUUCAUGGAAAAUCACCCAGAUGGACUGAUUUUGGAGAAGGACACAUAUGAUGCUCUUGUCAAGACUUUACAGCGGGAUUGUCGGGUGUUGGAAAGCUUCAAGAUCAUGGACUACAGUUUACUUAUUGGGAUUUAUAAUCUGGACCAAGCCAAGAAUGAGCCGCCACCUGUCCAAGAAAGCGCAUCAUUUGACAAUCCUUCCGUUAUUGCUGGCCUAGCCUUAGCCACAGGGAGCCAUUUUGACCCACAUAUGAACCAAAGUGCAGCAGCUGGACUUCAGCGAGGCAAGUCUUUCAAGACAAGAAUUGGCCAGUAUACCACGCCGCUGGAGUCCAUCCAGGGAAACACGGAACUGACAGAGGACUUGGUGGAGGAUGAGGACGUUCC